AUGGCAUUCUCUGCUAUUCUACCGUACCAAUAUGUCGCCAUCCGCCUCCCCUCGGACCAAAUCCAAGUCGAACAGACGGUCCCAAAUACUCUGAUAUCCCUGGGGAAAUAUGGAUCUUUUCGCACAAAUCAGAUCAUCGGUCGUCCUUACCAUCUUACAUUUGAGAUCCUCGAUCGCAACGAGGUCAAGGAUGGACGCGAGCUCAGGAUCGUCCCUGCCGCUGAGUCACAUGCCGCCACGCUGGUAGAACAAGCCGAGACCGACGAGGCUUCGACUCCCUUCAACGAGACGGAAGGACCAGCAACGCCACAGCAGGCGCGGAAGACUAAUAUGAAUACGCACGACGACCCAACAAAUCAAAAGCUAACAAUGGCCGAAAUCGAAGCACUCAAGCAAAACAGCACAGGUAGCGGCCGCGAGCUGAUCGAGAAGAUCAUGGAGUCUCACAGCACACUCGACCAGAAGACGGCCUUUUCACUCGCCAAAUACACAUUACGCAAGCACAAGAAGUUCUUGAAGCGGUUCACCAUUCUGCCCCUUGAUGUAGUCACUUUGGUCGAUUGGAUGUUUGCAGAUCGGGAAUUCGGUAAGAUCAUGGAGAUGAGGAAUGAGGCUGUCGGGUUGAUCGGGUGCUGGGCGAACGUUCAUGCUGCUGGCGAGGACGACGCUUUACUCGAUGUUAGGCCUUCUUCUCGAUACCUGCUCGUGGACGACACGGGAGGAUUACUUGUCGCCGCUAUGGCCGAGAGAAUGGGUAUCCUGCACCAAACCACUCUCGAAGCGGAACCUAUAGCCGACGCUGAAGAAGUCGCCUCCGAUGCUGAUGACCAGCACCCACCCACCGCCAACCAGUUCCCUAGACCCAGUCGCCAACAAUUACCCACGGCCAUGAGCGCCCAGUCCAACACAAUAACCCUCGUCCAUGCAAACCAACAGCCCAACCUCGGCCUUCUGCAAUACCUCAACUUCGACUCGAACAAUCCCAACGCUUCCCACCCGUUAUACACACAUCUGAAGACACUCUCGUGGCUGCAGCUCCUCGACCCGGAAACAGAUAUCGCGUACAAAGAACCUGAAGUCAUUUCUGGCCAAGAGCUCGCGACGAUGAAGUCAAAUCGUAGGAGCGCGUACUAUCGGAAGCGAAGACGAUGGGAACGGGUCAAAUCUGUCGUCGAUGAGACUCGCGCCGGUGGAUUCGACGGCCUCGUUGUCGCAAGUUUCACAGACCCGACUUCAAUACUACGACAUCUCGUGCCUCUUCUCGCCGGCGGAAGCCAAGUUGUAGUCUAUUCCGCCACCGUCGAACCGCUGGUUGAGCUGGCCGACUGUUACUCCACCGCAAGAAGGACCGCGUUCAUCAACUCUCCGGCAGACGAGCGAAACGUACUUUCAAGAAAUUUCCCCCUUGAUCCGACAUUGCUUCUGGGCGCGAUGGUACAGACAUCCAGGGUGAGGAGGUGGCAGGUAUUGCCGGGACGGACGCACCCAUUGAUGACCGGACGGGGUGGAGCGGAGGGAUACAUCUUUUCUGGUACACGUGUUAUUCCUGCGGAGGGGAAGGUGGAGGCGAGAGGACGGCCACCUAGAGGGAAGAAGGUAAAGGCUGAAGAAAGUACAGAGGUUGUGAGUCAGGAUACCGCCGAACAAGUCUUAGUUGAGUCUGUGAAAGAUGAGACCGUUCGGUCGCCUGUUAAGAGACAGAAGAUUGAAGAGCAGAUUAGCUCCGCGACAGAGGGAGGCGUACCAGUGCCAUUAAAGAAGCCGAUGGUCGAAGAGAACAACGAACUGGAGGCACAGCUGGCAGCCGAGCGCCAGUUCAUUGAUAGCGCCCGAGAAGAGAGCGGGCAAUCGCCUCUCGAGGCAGAGAAGGUUGAGGAGCUUGUCGUGCAAGAAGCGGAAGAGGAUGAAAUGCCUGUGCUCGGCCCGGCAACGGAGGCUUUGAAGGAAGAAAUGGAUGAGAAGGAUGAUGUUCAGAUGAGCAUUGAGACUUAG